UUUUGAUUCAGAUUCGACGACCUCCAAACAUGCGAGUCGUCCCGUUGGUGCUUCCACCGAUCGCCACCAAAUCAGCAGCACCACCACAACCACCCACUCCAUCCUCAUCAUCAUCAUCAUCAGCACUCGUCGCGGAUCCAGCUGCUGCCGUCGAGCCUGCGACCACUGCGAUCGUGCUGUCUCCUGGCGAGACAUUCAUCUUUCUAGGCGAACUGCGGCUCUGCGUGCUGGCGGGACAGCUGGCUGUGCUCGGGAGCGUGCUGCGAUCGCCCCAGCCGACCUCCGCCGCCGCUACCACCAGCACCGCAGUCCAUCACGCGUCAUCCAGUGUGAAAAGCAAGACCAAACACACCCAGGAACGGUCGACUGGCGCCAAUCACACGCCUUCGUCGAGCACCGCAGCUCCACGAGGACCAAUCUCGCUCCGAUGGCAUCCGUUGCAUUCAACGCUGGCAGCGAGUCUCACCACUUGUACCGCUCUCAAUCCAACGGAAAACGAGCCAACGACCACGCACAAUGCAUUCGCCAAGAGCUCGCGCGCUCGUCGGAUGAGCACUAGCGAGCCAAUGGACGUAAACGGCACACCGCUUCAAUCCGACGACGAGCACGAUGAAUUUGCCAGGUGGCAGGAGCGUGUUGCGACCGCCAUUCCAUCUAUAGCUACGACAGACACGGUGCUGCUUGUGCAAGCGUACAUUUCGGCUGCUCGUCGCGUGACGACUGCGCUUGGCCAGGCGUACACAGUGUUUGGAUCCCAGCGUCAAUUCCCGUCCGAUUUGAGUUUCUCACUGCACAUCGAGUCUGCUUUUGGACUCCGUUUGGAUCACCGGAUACCCUUGUUCAGUGUUCCGCCGUCAUGGUCCCAAUUGGCGGACGGACUCGUUGCGCACAGAUAUUCUCGACCUGAUCCACCUGUUAUUCUUGCAUGCGGUGGCAAAGAUGUCGGCAAAUCGACGCUGUGCCGAUUCUUAGUGAACGUAUUGCUCGACCACUACCCAGCGGUGGCGUAUAUCGAGACCGAUCCUGGCCAAUGCGAGUUCACACCUAGCGGCUUUGUGGCCCUCAAUAUUGUGACAGAGCCUUGUUUUGGUCCAUCCUUCACGCACUUGCAGCAACCAGACCUCGCGUUUUGCAUUGGAGAGUCGUCGGCGAAAUCCGACCCAGAGGCCUACCUUGAAGCCGUUCUGGCAUUACUCGAGCAAUACCAAGAGCUCGCAGCUACACAACCCCAGCUUCCUCUAAUUAUCAAUACGCAUGGAUGGGUCAAAGGUCUUGGACUCGAUCUCAUUCUCGAUGUCCUCUGCUUUAGCCGUCCAUCCCACAUUGCACAGUUCUUUACCAACAUGCCCGCGAAAAACUUGCCCAUUCUGGACACUGACAUUCUCCAGGCACCCGUCUCACGCAUUCUCUCGAACGCUGGCGGCGUCGCGUUUCCUCCCAUGCACGAGGCACCGGCGAUUCACCAAAUGCUCAGGACCCCUUGGUCGGCCGAAUCCACCUCGGGCAUUCCUGUCCAUCAGCGCGUGACGUUGCCGCCGCCUCUCGGAGCAAACCAGCUCCGCAAUCUUCAAUUUUCCAUCUACUUCCUGACACUGCAAGACUCGGGCGUUGUUGACGGCAAUUUCGAGGAGAGUUCCGUCGCAGAGUCGCUCUUGCAUCUCGUCCCGUACGCGGUUCCGUGGUCUGCAGUCCAACUGCGUGUCAUGCACGCAGAGGUUCCGCCCAGCCAAGUUCUGUUUGCGUUCAAUGUCAGCGUGGUAGGCUUGCUCAAGCAUGACGACAGUGCCCUCGCCUUUGAUCUCGGCGAGUUUAGCGCGACCUCGCCCCAAAUUCUUGCCUCCACUCCACAAAGCCCCUGCAUUGGAUUGGGAAUUGUUCGUGGCAUCGACCCAGUCAAUCAGCUCUUUUACAUUUCAACCCCCGUCCCACUAGCGUUGCUUGGGCAUGUUGGUAUUCUGACGCGAACGAGUCUUGAGCUUCCAACGACGUUGUUGCUGAAGGAAUCACUCGCGGAUGCUCCCUACAUGACCUUUGCCUUCCCUUCCAUUCUGGCCGGUGGAGGUGUUCGGAAAAACCGCAAAAACCUGCAACGGCGCAAGAACGAAUAGCCGCUCGCUUGCUCGCUCUGAUCAUACUGAAUGUGUUUUCGUUUUGUUUUGUUGUGGCUUUUGCGUCAAAAAAGCUGCACAAAGAGUACUGUUGCUACACGGUGGUUGGGCUUGUGUUGCGGUCGGUGAAUUGAUUCUCUCGUGGUUCAAAUGCUCCAUUCUCACUGUUCAUCCAAAAGCACCACACAAUUGUUCAUUACAAUUUCC